AUGCCGCCAUACAAGCCGCCGGAACGAGUCACUACUCCAGAGGGACUGCCCAGCUGGCGCGGCCAAAUAUGGACGCCCGCUCCGCCAGCGCCUACGUUCUUCCGCCAGCUACGGAGACGUCUGAGCGGGAGCCGAACUCCUGCACAGACGGUUCGAAUGUGGCGGCCUCCAGUCAGUGGAUAUGGCACGCCUUUUCCACGACCACCAUACCAGCAGAACGUGCUCACAGGCUACACGACAGCACCACUUCAUCACAGAGGACGGGCGGCUCUUGACUUUGACCUCGAUGGCUCUUCACCGACUCGCGAGGAGAAUCGACGCCGGCACAGUCAAAGCAAUGGCCACAGUCCUACAUCCACGCCGCCAGUCUCACCACUUACGGAGACUCCACCACCCACCAAUCCGAUCCGCCGCAUGGCAUCCUGGCGCAACAAACCUCUGCCACCUCUCCCCGUGCAAGCCGCGCCCGCUGAGUCUGAGCCUGGGCCCGCUCCUCGCCUUGCAUUCGCAACAGAGCAGCCCGGCGCCGCUGCCCCUCGCCACUCCGUCAUAUCCUUCGCCGCUCGCAACCACAUCCGCCACCAUCGCCAUCGCGUAGCGCGCGGCACCUGGCGGACACGGAUGAAACGGACGAAAUGCUGGCGCUGCGAGCUCGAGGCUCGGCGAAACAGAUCGAGCGAGGCUUUAUCCAGGUUCAAGAGGAAGUUAUUCUGCGAUGCGGAUGCGUGGGAAGGGUGGUGGGAUAGGCUGAAGGCGAAGAUGAAGUGGACGUGUUUCUGCAGGUAUAAGGGGUAUGAGGAGGAGCGCGAGGAUGAGGAUGGGUGUGAUGAGGGUGCUAGGAUUGGUAGGGAGAGGGUGCGGCUGGGGAGGUUUGGAGCGAUGUUGCGGGGAGCGGUGUCGGUCUGA